GCGGCGGCGGCGGCGGCGGCGGCGGCGGCGGCGGCGGCGGCGGCGGCUGCGGCCGGGUGACACCAGCAGCGGCGCCAGGCUGGCUUGCUAGCGGAAGGGUCGCGCGGCCCGCACAACAAACUCACACCCGGCCAGAACAAGGCGCGACGGAAGGCAGGCCGAGGCGGGCCGCGCGGGAGACCUCGGGCGCCGAGUGACAGGCCGGCGUGAGGGAGCGCGCAGGUUGCGGCUGCCGGCGGCCCCGACCCGCCGGCCCUCUCAGCGGUCGCCGGCAUGAGCCACAUCCAGAUCCCGCCGGGGCUCACGGAGCUGCUGCAGGGCUACACCGUGGAGGUGCUUCGGCAGCAGCCGCCCGACCUCGUCGACUUCGCGGUGGAGUACUUCACACGCCUGCGCGAGGCCCGCCGCCAGGAAUCAGACUCGUUCAUCGUCCCCCCGACGACCUUCCACGCGCCGGAGUCCAGCGGGGUCCCUGUCAUCGAGGAGGACGGGGAGAGUGAAUCGGAGUCGGAAGAUGAGGAUCUGGAAGUUCCGAUUCCUAGCAAAUUUACUAGACGAGUAUCAGUCUGUGCAGAAACGUUUAACCCUGAUGAAGAAGAAGAUAAUGAUCCAAGGGUGGUUCACCCCAAAACCGACGAGCAGAGGUGCAGACUUCAGGAAGCCUGUAAAGACAUUCUGCUUUUCAAAAACCUGGAUCAGGAACAGCUUUCUCAAGUUCUGGACGCCAUGUUUGAAAAGGUAGUCAAAACUGACGAGCAUGUCAUUGACCAAGGAGAUGAUGGAGACAACUUUUAUGUCAUAGAAAGGGGAACCUAUGACAUUUUAGUAACAAAAGAUAAUCAAACACGAUCUGUUGGUCAGUAUGACAACCGUGGCAGUUUUGGAGAACUAGCCCUGAUGUACAAUACCCCGAGAGCUGCUACCAUUGUGGCCACCUCAGACGGCUCCCUUUGGGGACUGGACCGGGUGACUUUUAGGAGAAUCAUAGUGAAGAACAAUGCAAAGAAGAGGAAGAUGUUCGAAUCGUUUAUUGAGUCUGUACCGCUCUUUAAAUCACUAGAGAUGUCAGAACGAAUGAAGAUUGUGGAUGUGAUCGGGGAAAAGAUCUAUAAGGAUGGAGAGCGAAUAAUCACUCAGGGUGAAAAGGCCGACAGCUUUUAUAUUAUAGAGUCUGGAGAAGUGAGCAUCUUGAUUAAAAGCAAGACUAAAACGAGCAAGAACGGCGGGAGCCAGGAGGUUGAGAUCGCCCACUGCCAUAAGGGGCAGUACUUUGGAGAGCUUGCCCUGGUGACCAACAAACCAAGAGCUGCUUCUGCUUAUGCGGUUGGAGACGUCAAAUGCUUAGUCAUGGAUGUUCAAGCAUUUGAGAGGCUUCUGGGCCCCUGCAUGGACAUCAUGAAGAGGAACAUCUCACAUUACGAAGAACAGCUGGUGAAGAUGUUUGGCUCCAACUUGGAUCUGUUGGACCCCGGGCAGUAGAUGUGAUGAAUCUCGGAGCCUCCGCAGUGUGAUACCAAAUCCUUCCAGUCAGCCACAAGAACACACCCAGAAAACAGACACGACAGAACUGCGCCUGCUGCUGUCUCUGCUGCUGCCAUCGCUGUGGUAAAGGGCACUUAGAAGUCUUGAAAGUCAGCACUGAAAGAUGGACAGAGGCUCUACCCACACCCACCUUCCACUUUGCUUCUGAACGCCGUCAUUAGACCACUUAUGUCACGAUUACUCCAGCCCAGGUUUCACGUUUGGUUCAGAAUGGCAUGUCUCUCCAGCAAUUUAAGUGCCUGAUACAAAGUCCAAAGUGUAAACAUCCUCCUUUCCUCUCUUGCUGCUAAUGUUGCUUCUGAAAGUUCUGAGGUCUGCAGAAACCUGUGGAAUAACACUCCACAGUCCUUCUCAAGGGAGGAAGUGGUAGAGCCUUCAGUCUCCUCACUUGUCCUUUGAGAAGGUCCACAGUGUGUUCACAAUUGCCGCUUUUCUCUCACAGUGGAAGGUGGUAGCAGUUAUACUGGAGUUCUGUGCCCCAGGGGCCCUAUACUGUUUACUGGAAGCUACACGUUAUAUAGCUGUGUCCAAGCUCCGGAAAAGGCCCCCUUGAAGGCCCAGCAGGUCCCUAGGAGCAGACGGUACUCAGACUCGCUUAGCAGGAAACGUGGAUCCAGCACUCUUGCCAGUGUAGCCAGGAAAGGUUAUCUGGGUCAGGGUUUUUGUUGUUUGUUUUUAGUAAGUUUUUUAUUUGUUUAACCUCUGUGCCGUUUACAUAAACAAAUUGCUAUCCAUUUCUAAGGAGCCGGGGGUGGCCGUUUAGCUCAGCUGGUCAGAGCACGGUGCUGAUGAGGAGCCAGGGUCUGGAAGUGUUAUCGCUUUAUCUGACCUAAGUACUUCCCUGAGUGGCCCCUGCCAUGACCCUGUCCCUGGCUGAUGGCAGAAACUACCCAGCCGGAGGUUGUGCUGCACAGAGAGCCCUUCCCUUGUAGCUUUAUUGCACAGCGUGGCUACUAAUCCGCAGUUUUUAAACUCUUAAAAAGAGGCUUUUUUUUUUUUAAGGAAAUUUUUUCUCUAUUUAGAGAAUUCACCUUGGAUGUAUUCAUAUACAUGGAGUUUGUCCACUGACUCAGGCAUUUGUCCUAAAUAUCUGUUUUCAAAACUUGAUAUCGUUGGGGUAGGGGUUGGGUGCAGCUCAGUGGCGAAGCUCGUGUGUAGCACAUGCAAGGCUCUGGGUUUGGUCUCCAGCACUAUAAUAGCCAUGGAAGAUAGGUUAUCAUGCAUAAACAUGGAAUUACUGUGAAGGCCUUUCUAACUAACUGUCUCGACUUUGCCCUGGUCACUGUAGCCAAGAAAUGUCCAGAGUAGAUGGGUUGCCACAGUUUUGGGAAUUAAGUCACUUUUUCUUGUGUUCCAUGAAGCAAAAGCAGGACUCUUCAGACUGCUCUGAGAAGCCUUCAUUACAGAUCUGGGGUUUGUCCAGCUGUAACUACUGUGAAGCAGGCAGCUAGCACUGGAAAACCCUCAUAGCGAUCCCGAAUCUUCCUAAGGUCCUUUUCUAUGGUAUCGCUUUAUUAAAUAAAUCAGACCUUGUACUUUGA